UAGUGUUAGACGAAAUGAUGAGAGGCCAAUUUCCCGCUACUGAGUCUUCUACUCAAAUGCAUGAAGACCGAUGCAAAUCUAAUAUAGAAUCAUGAUCAUUUGCUGGAUCAUUCAGAUUGAGCUCAGCGAAUGCUUAAUUCUCCUGGCAUUUUAAUGUGCAUUUGCUCGCAUGUGAUCUGCAGGCAGUGACUGCAGAUCCCGGAGAAGAUGGAUACCUUUUCUCAUGUUCCCCCCGGGUUUCGGUUCCACCCGACAGAGGAAGAACUCGUGGAUUACUAUCUUAGGAAGAAGGUAGCAUCAAGAGGGAUCGAUCUUGAUAUCAUAAAGGACGUCGAUUUGUAUAAGAUCGAGCCAUGGGAUCUUCAAGAUAGAUGCAAGAUAGGAAGGGAGGAGCAAAAUGAGUGGUACUUCUUUAGCCACAAGGACAAGAAGUAUCCGACCGGGACACGGACGAAUCGAGCGACAGCGGCCGGAUUCUGGAAGGCCACCGGAAGGGACAAGCCGAUCUACUCCAAGAACAGCUUGAUCGGGAUGAGGAAGACGUUGGUGUUCUACAAGGGUCGAGCGCCUAACGGGCAGAAGUCGGAUUGGAUCAUGCACGAGUACCGUCUUGAAUCCAACGAGAGUGCACCGCUGCAGGCAAGUGACAGUACGACUUCGAGCUCAAACUACUCUUCUCCUUCUCCGAGCCAAAGCUUGUGAUG